AUACUCUAAAAGUUGAAUAGAGCCUCCAAAAGGCAAUCCCGUUACAUUUUAUUCCCAAAAAAAAUAAACAAAACAAAAAUUCCGUUGCCGGGACUUGAACCCGGGUCUCUCGGGUGAGAGCCGAGUAUCCUAACCAACUAGACUACAACGGAUUCGUUGGCAGUAUAUUCUUAACUAAUAAAUAUAUAUUUUUAAAAACAAUGGCUCGCUAAAUUUCAGUUUUUUAUCACUUAAUCUUCCUCACUCACACUCCGGAAUUGAAACCUGCAAAACCAAAUUGUGAAUAUGAACUUUUCAAUUCCUCUUGGAAAACAGCAACCUGACAGAGAGGAGAAAGAAGGGGUAGGUGUGAGUUUCAGGCCAGAAAACUUCAUCCCAGGUGUUGUUAUUGGUUUCAUUUUUGGGUUUCUUCUUGAUUUAGCUAAACCCUCCAAAAACCCACCUAAAUCUUUUCACCAAACCAAGAAUUCCUUAACUUCUGCCAACCCAGAUGAAGAAUUUAAGAUGGUUUUGGUGGUUAGACAAGAUCUAAAAAUGGGACAUGGAAAGAUUGCAGCUCAAUGUGCUCAUGCUGCCACAGGCAUGUAUGCUGAUCUGAUGCAAAGUCAGCGUUCCCUAUUGAGGCAGUGGGAGCAAUGUGGGCAGGCUAAAAUAGUAGUGACAUGCAAAAAUCAAAAAGAAAUGAAUAAGUUGCAGCAAGAUGCUGAGAACAUUGGCCUUCCAACUUUUGUUGUUGCAGAUGCCGGGCGCACACAGGACGAAAAGAUUCCGUGGAUUCUGUCACGGGGAAACAAAGACUUCUUUGACAGUUUAGCAUGCCAAAAGCUCUACUGCUUAGGUUUCAAUCAAGAGGCUGUUCCUUUCCUUCAGAUAAACAAGGAAUCUAUCAGAGUUUUAUCUCGAGUAUGAGCUUUUCUCGGCAAAAGCUUCUGCAUGUCACGAUUCCGAUAAGUUUGCUUCCAUUAGUUUUAAUUGUAGAUUAGAUAGAAGCCAAUAUUAAGCGUAGGAGGAGAGUUUUUCUUUUGGUGAAUAUUCUGUGGCAACUCAAUUUUUUUCCUUCUCAUUCUAAUUGUAGUCGAUUAAGGCGUUACAACCUUUUUAGUUUUUACAAUGUAAUUGAUUUCAUGCUUAAAACAAUAAUCAAAAGCAGUAUUCAACUUGAAUUGAACA